AUGGGCAACCACGUAUCAACUUCGCAUCGCGUCUUUCGUUUUACUAGACGUAGGCGAGUUAGGAAAGAACAGCCUACGAAGGUGGAGGAGGCAGUGGGAGGAAGAGAGAAUAGAGAAGACAACACCGGCAACAAGAAUUCUCACAGCGUGCGCGAAUGUCAAGCUCUAGAAUGGCAGUGUGAGAAACAUGAAGAGAUAGGGGAGAGGACAAAUAGAAUGGGAGAAGUGGAAACGAGUGCUGAGGCAGUGGAGAAGAAAGAAGAAGAAGAAGGAGAAGAGGAGUUUGAGAGUAGAAAAGAUGAAAAUGAAGAUGAAGACAACGAGUGCUCGUCUAGUCUGAGGGAGUUUCUUAUGCUUGAAAAGUUGUGUGAGGAGUGUGUAGAGACAGAGGAGAAGAAGAAUAAGAAGAAUAGAAUUGAGGAGAGGAAGGUAGAAGAGGAGAUUGAAAGUAGAGACGAUGACGCUGACGACAGCGAGUGUUCGUCUAGUCUGAUGGAAUUUCUCAUACUUGAAAGGCUGUGUGAGGAGCACGAAGAGGCAAAGCAGAGGAAGAUAAGGAGAGAACAAGAGAAGAUAGACAUGGAAUUUGAGAAGUUUCGAGAACAUCAAUUGAGUACAAUAGAAGAAGAAGAAGAAGAAGAAGAAGAAGAAGGAGAGGAAUUGGAAGAUGAUGUUGAGGACGAGGAGGAACGGGAGGGUGACAAAAUGGUUAGAGAAGUAGGAGAAAAAUGUGAACGCCUUGACGACUUUCAUGGAGGAGAAGAAAGCAAAUAUGCGGCUUCCGGAGAUAGCCACCGCAUGCAACAAGGGGAGAAGCUAAUGCCUUUUGAAGAGUUCUGUGGGGAAACUUUCGAAGUCUCUCCCACCUUUUUUCAGGCUAUAUUGGAAGAGAUGAAUGAAGUGGGAGGUGCGUUGGAGAAAGAGUGGAAAGGGAAUGAGGAGAGUGAUGGACAUUCCAAGCAGAAACAUCUCCUACUCAAGGCCCUGUCCGAAGACCAGUGA